AUGGAUUACCGGGCCAGAGGGAUGAGCCAGAUCGUGCCCGGGCAGUUUGACGAUGCGGAUUGCUCCGACGGUGAACUUAAUGAUGACACAGAAACAGCUAAAGAUGAAGUCACUGAGAACUGCCAGUCAUGCCUGUGCAAAGAAUUUAACACUGAGGAAGGAGGUGGUGAUGAUGAGAAUGAUGAGGACGAGGAAGAGGAAGAUGAAGACUGGGACUGGGAUGAUGACAUGGGAAGACUGAUGAAGCGCCCCAAUGCUGCUGGCGGAUGCAAUCCACAGGUGAAUAGACAGGCCCCUAACUGUUGUUCAGCAAAAAUGUCUACCCCUACAGACAAGGCUUUAAGGAAAUUUGAACAUAAAAUCAAUCUAGAUAAGCUAAAUUUUGAUGACUCCGUUAUAAACAGAGUCACAGAAAAGUCUAGACAGAAGGAAGCAGACAUGUACCGAGUCAAAGACAAGUCAGACAGAGCAACAGUGGAACAGGUGUUGGAUCCAAGGACCCGAAUGAUUCUGUUCAAGAUGCUCACUAGAGGCAUCAUAGUAGAAAUCAAUGGCUGCAUCAGCACAGGGAAAGAAGCGAAUGUCUAUCAUGCCAGUACUGCAAAUGGAGAGAACAGAGCCAUAAAAAUUUACAAAACCUCCAUCCUGAUGUUUAAAGAUCGGGAUAAGUACGUGAGUGGUGAAUUCAGAUUCCGGCAUGGAUAUUGCAAAGGCAACCCAAGAAAGAUGGUGAAAACGUGGGCUGAGAAAGAAAUGAGGAAUUUAAUAAGGUUGAAUACAGCCCAGAUACCUUGCCCAGAGCCAAUUAUGCUGAGAAGUCACGUGCUAGUCAUGGGCUUUAUUGGUAAAGGUGAUAGGCCUGCUCCUCUGCUGAAGAAUGCUCAGUUAUCUGACUCCAAAGUUCGGGAGCUGUACCUGCAAGUUAUCCAGUACAUGAGGAGAAUGUACCAAGAUGCCAGACUUGUUCAUGCAGAUCUCAGUGAAUUCAAUAUGCUGUACCACAGUGGGGAUGUGUACAUCAUCGAUGUGUCUCAGGCUGUGGAGCAUGACCACCCCCAUGCGCUGGAGUUCCUGCGGAAGGAUUGUGCCAACGUUAAUGACUUCUUCCAGAAGCGCACUGUGGCGGUGAUGACUGUACGGGAGCUCUUUGAGUUUAUUACUGAUCCUUCCAUCACCAGCGAGAACAUUGAUGACUAUCUCUCAAAGGCAAUGGAAAUAGCAUCAAAAAGAACAGAAGAGGAAAGAUCCAGUCAAGAUAAAGUGGAUGAGGAAGUGUUUAAGAAGGCUUACAUACCUCGAACUCUGACUGAGGUUAAAAACUAUGAGAGAGAUGUGGAUAUAAUGAUGAAAUUGAAAGAGGAGGAUAUGGCAUUGAAUGUUCAGCAAGAUAAUAUUCUCUACCAGACUGUUACAGGACUGAAGAAGGAUUUGUCUGGUGUUCAGAAGAUUCCUGCGCUUCUUGAGGAGAAGGCUUAUGAAUCAGAAACAGAUUCUGAUGACAACGGUGGCACCUCAGAGGAUGAUGAUUCAUGCUGCAAAGAAUUUGUACAUCCCAAAGAUAAGCCUGCUGAAGUCGGCAUGGACAAAAAGGAAAGGAAAAAGAUGGUUAAAGAAGCCCAAAGAGAGAAGAGAAAAACCAAAAUCCCAAAGCACGUGAAGAAGCGGAAAGAAAAGACUGCAAAAAUGAAGAAAGGCAAAUAAAAUGAGCUUUGGCUUGGAGAGGGAAAGGGAUGGUUUGUUCUGGGGU